CAGAAAAUGCAGCCAAUCAAUUGGCGUCUCUGUCAUUAACCCCUUAAUUUUGAUCUUCAGAGUCCAGAGACAGCAAGUCGGCUAUCGCGACCUCCAUCACCAUGACAGUCUUCGAUCUGGAUAAUCCCAUGAAAGAAUUUUAGUCAACGCCACGGUCAUGUCUACAGACGUGGAGAAACCUCCCCCGCAAUUGUGUCAGGAUGCUUCGCAUCUCCCCUUUGCGGCGGUCCCAAAGCGGAAGCCCGUCCCUAUCGGUGUCGCAGAGGCUUCUCCCGAGCCAGCAGCCAUUGCGACGAAAGACUCUAGCGUACAACCCCUCGCCAAACCAGCUUGGUGGAACUUGAACUGGAACUGGCGACAAUUCUCGAAAAAGAAGCGUCUGAUAGUCAUCGCAAUUGCAGUCGCGGUCGUCUGUCUCCUUGCGCUGGUCAUCGGCCUCGCUGUGGGAUUGACCAGGGCAAAAGGCCACUCAAAUCUUCCGCUUCCCACCUCCCAUGGUGGUCCCUAUUCGGGAGAUUUGACCUACUACAACCCCGGCCUCGGCUCAUGCGGCAUCACCAGCACAGACUCGGACAUGAUCUGUGCCGUCUCCCAUGUUCUCUUUGAUGCUGCUUCGACGGGGUCAAACCCGAAUGCGAAUCCGCUGUGCGGGCUCAAAUUGAGGCUUCGUCGGGGUGAAUCGAGCGUGGAUGUCAAGAUCGUUGAUCGAUGUGUGGGAUGUAAAGUGAAAGAUUUGGACGUGUCGCCCGCCGUCUUCCAGAAACUUGCUGAUAUGGAUCUUGGUCGGGUCACCGUUGAAUGGUCGUGGCUGGAAGACUCUCCUGUUGCUUCGUUACAGUGAUGAUGAGCAUUUCGGCUUCUUUACCCUCUUUUUUCUUUUUUUGUUGCUCUACUUUUGAUAUACCCAUUACGACUGCUGUACAUAACUGUGUCUUUAUUUUCAUAACU